AUGCUUACCGCUGUCAGAAGCCGUGCGAAUUCAAAAAAAAUCGGAAAACUAACAUCGACUCUGGCUACGACGGAAUCCGGAGUCAACGAAAUAACAAGUUUCCGUCUAUUUAUCAAAGAUCGUACAACGGGACUCAACUUUCUCAUCGAUACUGGAGCAAAUGUAUCUGUACUACCUGCCCGCAAGUUGGAUAAGAAACAACAUGUUCCGACCAAUUACUUCUACGCAGCAAACGGUUCGUCGAUACCUGCCUACGGUGAACGAAUUGUACUGCUCAACCUUGGACUACGCCGACCAUAUAAAUGGACUUUCGUCAUCGCUGCCGUCCAGAGACCAAUACUGGGCGCAGACUUUCUUCAUCAUCAUAAUUUAAUGGUCGACUUGACAGGGAAGAAAUUAAUUGACGGGAAAACUAACCUAUGCAUACAAGGAAGCAUUCAUAGUGCAUCACAAGGAAGCUUGAGGACAAUCGACACGAACAAGCCAUAUCACGACUUACUUGCAAAGUAUCCUGAUAUUACUAGACCCACUCUGAAGAUACUUUCUAACAGUGAAGUUGAACAUCACAUCGAAACUAAUGGACCACCAGUAUUUCCCAAAUCAAGACCGUUGCCUCCACACAAACUGAAGCCAGGUAAAGAGGAAUUCCAGCAGAUGAUAGAACAAGAGAUCUGUCGUCCUUCUAGCAGUCCAUGGUCUAGUCCACUCCAUAUGGCACCAAAGUAA